AUGCCCACCGACAGUAAAACGGCCGCCGCCGAGUGCAUCUCGGACGACGCACUAAUCCACCUCAAGUCGUACAAGUAUUCGAGUGUCGACAAAUCGCCCAUCUCCAAAUACAUCCUACAGCCCUACUGGAAUGCCGCCGUCAAGCUGCUGCCCAUGUGGCUCGCGCCCAACAUGGUCACUUUAAUUGGCUUCAUGUUCAUUCUCGGCAAUGUGGGCUUGCUACUCGUAUAUAUGCCAGAUCUGGAGGGACCAGGUCCGUCAUGGCUUUACUACAGUUUCGCCUUCGGUCUAUUUAUGUACCAGACGUUGGACAAUUUGGAUGGCAAGCAGGCUCGGCGUACAGGAAUGUCUAGCGGACUCGGCGAGCUGUUUGACCAUGGCAUAGACUCACUCAACUGCACCUUGGCCAGUCUGCUUGAGACCGCAGCCAUGGGUCUCGGUGUGUCCAAGUCCGGCGUCUUCACUGCUCUCUGCCCCUGCCUGCCGAUGUUCUUCUCAACAUGGGAGACGUACCACUCGCACACGCUCUACCUGGGCCGCAUCAACGGGCCGACCGAAGGCAUCCUGAUAGCCUGCACCAUUAUGAUCCUCUCGGGCUACUACGGCCCGGGCAUCUGGACGGAACGUUUGAUUGAUCUUUUCGGGGAGAAGUACUUGAUGGGCUAUGCCGACAUUGUUGGCAACUACUCGAUCCGCGACGUCUGGAUUGGCAUCAUCAUCAGCUCGCUUGUCCUCACUCACAUUCCGCCCUGCAUCUAUCAUGUUGCUAUCGCACGCCGCAGCAGGGGCCAGGCCAUUGCGCCCGUAUUCUUAGAGUGGACGCCUCUGCUCUUCUAUUCGCUUUCCAUCGGAGCAUGGGUUUACUCGCCCUUUUCGACUCUUCGCAGCCACAACCACAUCGUCUUAUUCUGUUGCACCAUGUCGUUUGUGUUUGGGCGCAUGACCACCAAGAUGAUUCUCGCGCAUCUGACCCGCCAGCCGUUUCCCUACUGGACCGUCAUGCUGUGGCCGCUUCUGGGUGGCGCUGUCCUCGUAAACCUGCCCAGGUUCGGCUUCCAGCCUGUCUCGCAUGAGAUCGAGCUCGGGUACUUAUGGGGGUACUUUGUGUUCGCAGCGGCGGUCUACUCGCGCUGGGCAUACCUUGUCAUCACAAGCAUUUGUGAAUUCUUGGGAAUAAACGCAUUGACGAUUCCGAAAGAGAAGCAGGCGGAGAACAAGCGCAAGAUGCAAUUGGAGCAGACUAAGCCUCUUCUCAACGGCAACGGUGCUGCCAAUGACUCCUUGAACGGCAAGAAGAUGCAAUGA